AUGCAGUUGACCACCAUCCUCUUCGCGGUCUACGCGUACGCUCUCUUCCCUCUCGCCUACGCGCUCAACCCUCGCGCGACCCUCCAAAACUGCCACAAUGUCGACCGCCUGGACAGGACCGUCCAGCGGAUGCACCCGAUUCUCUUCAAGCUGUCCGAUAUGCAUAAGGGCAAAUACAAGCCCCCCACGAACGAGACCAUCACCACCGGCGGCUCCGGCCACAGCCGCCGCCACGGACACGGCGACAAGGAGGCCCGCGACUUCAACGAGUUUAUGCAGAAGAUCGAGUCCCUUCACGAGCUUCUCACCCACUCGCAGGACAAGAUCGCCUCCAAGAGGCUGACGUGCCAGACGCCUGCGACUGGGGCUAAGCUCCUGACGGCGAGGGAUCUGCGCGUUCGCGGCGAUGAUGAUGAUGAGGAAGAGGAGGAGGAGGAGGAGCACGAUCACUCCCACUGUGGGCUCGACGAUGUUAUCGAAGAGCUGCUGGAGGCCGUUGAGUGUCUUCUGUCGUUCCUCUUCGGCCUGUUGGGCGGUGUUCUCGAGCUGAUUUUCCAUUUGCUGGAGGGUGUUGCUAAGAUCAUUGGCGAGAUGCUGGAUCUGGAUUAG